AUGAUUUGGCAGCCUCUAGACCUGUCGGAAGCAUGUCCCCCUCACACGCCCAACUCCGCGUGCUCCAACUUCGGGCUGCUGUACCUCAGUCUGCUGGUGAAGCUGUAUGGAGGGUCCGCAGACCAGCGCCAGGAGUGUCGCAGAGAGAGGGCGCCCCGCGAGGAGUUCGACUUCAUUGUGGUGGGCGCGGGCGCGGCGGGCUGCGUCGUCGCCAAUAGACUUACAGAGAACCACAAGUGGAAGGUGCUGCUGCUAGAGGCCGGGCCGGAGGAGCCCGACGUGACGCUGGUGCCGGGCCUGUCCAGCGCGCUGCUGGGCUCCAACAUCGACUGGCAGUACCGCACGCAGCCCAACGGCCGGAGCUGCCUCGCGCACCCCGGGGGCAGCUGCCCCUGGCCCCGAGGCAAAACAAUGGGUGGUUCGAGCUCCAUCAACUCGAUGGCGUACCUGCGCGGCAACAGGGCGGACUACGACGCCUGGGCCGCCGCGGGCAACGAUGGCUGGAGCUAUGAAGAAGUGCUGCCAUUCUUCAAAAAGUCUGAAAGGAACAUAAACAUAGAAGUCCUCGACAGCAAAUACCACGGAGCGAAGGGCGAGCAAUACGUUUCCAGGUAUCCCUACAUCGACACGCCCUCCAUCAUGUUGACCGAAGCGUUCAACCAAGGAGGCCUGCCUCUGGCGGACUACAACGGCGCCCAUCAGGUGGGCACCAUGCAGGCGCAGGCGGUGUCGCUCGACGGCGAGCGAGUGUCGACCAACGUCGCCUUCAUUCAGCCCAUCCGGCACAAACGGCCUAAUCUAUUCGUUGAAACAAACGCAGAAGCGAAGAAAAUAUUAAUAGACGAAUAUAACAAUGCAUACGGGAUCGUUUACGUGAAAGAUGGUAAGAAGCAUACAGCGUACGCGAGAAAAGAAGUCAUCAUUAGCGCAGGAGCUAUCAAUUCUCCCAAAUUGUUGAUGUUAUCAGGAAUAGGACCGAAGCAGCAAUUGAGAAGCUUGGGCAUCCCGGUCGUACAAGACCUGGCCGUCGGAGAAAAUCUGCACGACCACGUCACUUUUAACGGUGUUGUGAUAGCUUUGUCUAACAAAACCGCCACGACGGUCAGCCAGGAAGAGAUCUUGAUAGCCGUCGAAGACUAUCACGAAAUGAAAAUAAAAAGAGGUCCGCUGUCGGGCAACGGUCCGGUGAAUUCAGUCUCAUUUCUGAAAACAGAUCCUAACCUACCAGCGCCAGAUAUACAGUUCCAAUUCAACAGAAUUUCAAAUUGGAGAGAAAUGAUCCAAGAUCCGAUCGCUGCAGAGUACGUCUCGAUACUGCCGACUGCGUUCUACGACGCCGUCGAGCCGAGAGCUAUGAACCUGGUGCCAAAGAGCAGAGGCGUCCUUCUGUUGAAUCAAACCGAUCCAAACGGUCCUCCGCUGUUAUAUCCUAAUUACUUCGGUGACGAGAGAGAUAUGAUACCCAUUCUAAAGGCCCUCCGAUUUCUGCUGUCUUUGGAGAACACUGAAGCGAUGAGAUCCCGCGGCGCACAUUUCGUGCGCGAGCCUUUGCCGUACUGUAAGCGUUACGAGUGGGGUACCGAUGCGUACUUCGUUUGCAUGAUGCAGGCGUACACGGCCACCACCUACCACCCCGUGGGCACGUGCAAGAUGGGCCCGAAGUGGGAUACGAAGGCAGUCGUGGACAACCAGCUGCGCGUGUACGGGGUGCGCUCUCUGCGAGUGAUCGACGCGUCCAUGAUGCCGGCGGUCAUUCGCGGAAACACCAACGCGCCUUCCAUUAUGAUCGGAGAGAGAGGAGUCGAUUUUGUUGUGAGGCACUGGAGGAGUCACACCAAAGAUUACUUUUAAACAACUAGGGGUGUCAAAA